UAGCUCGCGGGUUUGCUGACGUCACAAUAGAAUUCUUUAAAAGAGCACCGUGUAUACAAUGUACAGCUAUAUGUAGAUAACGAACAUAACUAGUAAAAUUAUAGAGGCUUAGUAUAUUAAACUGAAACAUAUAUUAGUUGCUAUAUAUACAAACAUAUAUUUUAAUGUAAAUAAAAUAAAUUACGGUAUAUUGCACUGAAUUAUGAUUUAAUUUACGAUAGAAAAUGCAAGUGUAACUUUGAACUAAAAUGCUGGUGUUUCUACCGUUUCUGAAAAAUAAUUACAUUUUAAAUUGUUUUAACGGAAUAUUAAAAUUACGUCAUCUUUUUAAUAAAAUUGCGUCAUAAUUGACAAACCGUCAAAGCCUUUUUGCAAUGAAGUUCAAAGGAAGAUUCGUUUCUACAAAAAAACUAGUGAGUCUCAAUAAUUUGGUUGUAAAGAAAAGUGCCACGAAUGAAAAUACGACUGAAGAAGAUCAUGCACCUGCAACAACCUGCAUGGAAGAGAGUUGGGAGGUAGGAAGGCGAGUUGUCGAAUUGAAAUUGCUCGCAGAGGGAUUAAAAGAAUGUAUUUUCUGCAAGGAACCAUUAAGUCUCAUUUCAUGCAUCGGUGAGAAAAAAUACGGAUUGGCAUCUAUUCUUUAUGUAUCAUGUCAAAAGUGCGGCACUACGAAUUCCGUACCCACAGGAAAACGCCACAGCACAAGCGGCAAAGGACCAGCCCGUUGCUUUGACAUCAACACAAAAAUGGCAGCAGCUAUGAUAAACGCUGGAAUUGGUGAUCAACAGGUCAAUAAUAUAUUGGCAGAACUGAAUCUUCCCACGAUCCAUCACAAAACUUUGAAAGAAAGAGAAAGGGAGAUAGGCCAUAUAAUUGAGGACGUUGCCGAGAAAUCUUGUAAUUCUGCCAUACAAGCAGAAAUUUCGUGCUCAGAAAGUGGUGACGCUCCAAGUUCUUCAAGUGCCGGCAUAGAUGUCUCUAGCGACGGUGGAUGGCAAAAGAGGGGAACAGGGCGAAGUUACAAUAGUUUGUCAGGGCAUGUAACUGUUCUGGGGAAGAACACCAAGAAGUGUCUCUCUUUCGGCGUUGCCUGCAAGACAUGUCGAAAAUGUAAAAAUCGCAGCUCUACAAACGUAAAAAAAACGUCCAAAAAAGCCCAUCAUUGUAGAACAAAUUGGAGCGGGUCUGCUAAAGGUAUGGAACCUUUCCUGACUGUGAAAUGCCUAAAAUCACUGAAAGACAAGGGGUUAGAUGUGAAAACUCUGAUCAUGGACGAUGAUACGACAACAUUUGUUAGGGCUAAAAAUGCUGUAUCGGACCAGCUAAAAAAGUGCAGCGACAAAAGUCACAUAUUGCGAAAUUUUAACAACUCUCUCUACAAGGUCAGAGAUGUCCACAAAAACCUAUCCAUUGCCAACAUAAAUUACUUCAAGAAAUGCUUCAGUUACGCCAUUGCACAAAAUAAAGGCAAUGAGGAAGGAAUUCGCCAAACUUUAUUAGCGACUGUCCCCCAUGCUUUUGGUGACCACAGCGGAUGUAAUGAGGCAUGGUGUGGCUACAUUAAAAAUCCAGACACCUAUCGACACAAGAGUUUUAACUUUGGCCGAAAUUUACAGGGAGAAAUGCUCAAAGAGUCCUUAUAUGAAGUAUUCAGCAAAUAUGCGGGAAAUGCGGGGAAACUCUCAAACCUCGGCUCUUCCAACGGAAAUGAAAACUUAAAUCAGAUGAUUGCCAAGAAAGCACCUAAAUCUCAACACUAUUCUGGAUCGGAUAGCCUUUCAUUUCGAAUUGCUGCAGCCAUAGCCCAGAAGAAUGAAGGACACGGCUUUAUUGUAGAGGUCAACAAGGCCAGCUGCCUGUCACCUGGAAAACGGACAACCACGAGAGCAGGAUACCUUGACCGUAAAAGAGCUCGGCAACAGACACGACAAAGUUUACGGCAGGCAAAACUAGAUCGGCUGCGUCUAAAAGAAGAUCGACAGUCUUCAUUUAUGUUGUCGGAACUACACGAAGGCACAACUUACGAAACUAGUGUAGAUUUUGCUGUUUCCUCCGAGAGACAAGAGGAACUAAUAGCAGAAAUCCCAUCAACACCAUCAAGUUCAAGAAAGCUGAAACCUGUGGCUGCUCAAGUGUCCGAUUCUACACUCAUUGUGGCAGAUCUGGAGACUACGGAAUUCUCCACAAGUAGCAGUAUUAUUCAGAUAGCUGCAGCUCCUCUCCAUUCAGACGAAAGUUUCAAUAGAUUCGUGCAACCUUCUAACGGUUUUAUUCCUCCAACGAUCCAAAAACUAACAGGGAUAGAGAUGCACGGGCUGCAAAUGUAUUAUGAGUUGACCCCAGUUUCGUCAUGUGGAGAGAGACAAGCUCUAGUAGAGUUUGCUGCGUGGCUGAACAAGUUUUCUUCCCCUUUGAUUGUAGCACACAAUGCACAAUUCGAUGCACGUAUUUUAGUAUCCUGCUUUUCAAGACAUGGUCUGAUAGAUUUAGUGAAAAAAGUCGUCGGUUUCUCAGACACUGUGAAAUUGUUCAAGAAAGUUUAUCCCGAUCAGCAGUCAUAUAAACUUCAAGAUUUAGUUAAGUCGUUUGCACCAGAUUUUGAAUCUUCAAAUGCACACAAUGCUGAACAUGGUGUUUCAAUGUUGAAAAACUUAGUAACGAACAAACCAAAUAUGGAGGAGUCACUCCGCGAUGCAGUUUUUUCUACAGAGUACGUCAUUGCAAACAACGAAAAACUAUCAAAUAAGAACAGAAACAUUGGAAGUUUUACUGACUUAAUAACCUCAAACAUUCUGACAAAGAGUCAAAGUUCUACGCUGGCAGCAUAUGGUUUGCAGUCAAACCAUUUGAAAUUCGCGCUGCAAAGAGGCGGAAGAGAAGGUCUUCUUACCGUACUGAAGGGAAAACUGAAAUCUUUCAACUCUGUAAUAGACAAGGUCAUUGCUUUCUAUAACGUAUGAGAGGCCAUUUUUGUUAUGCUGUUAUAUUUUAGGCGACAUUUGAAAUCAUGUAUGCACUACUAUUUUUUUAUUGAAAAUUUGAUUCUGUUUGUUAAAGAUUAAAAUUUAUUUGUAAAUGAUUGAAUACUGUUUAAAACAUGUCCUCCAGGUAAGAUUUUGCAUUAAAUUUAAUUCCCUUUUACUAGAGUUACUGUUUUAUGGAGGUCAAUAAAUUUAAAAUAUCACUUCCAAGUGCUAUGGAAAAUAAAAGUUCUAUUCUAUAUGUUGUCAUUCAACGGCUUUUAAAUCUGAACAAAACCAACAAAUUUAAAUUUAAUAAAUGCAUGAUUUAAUUUGAUAUUCUUGUCGAACAACGCCCUUUUUCGGCACACAGAUGCACGAAACUGAUGACGUCGCGCUAACAUGGUGUAACGUCGCGAUGAAAAUGUAACGUUAUGUGAAAAUUUCAAAUCUUUAAAGUUUUUUUGCGAAAAAUUGGCUGAGAACACAUAUUGAUUUUUUUGUAUCGAUUAAUUCCAAAUCAAUCAUCGCAAUUAUUGUGCCGAGUAAAAUAAAAUUCGUCUGAUUUGUUUUAAAGUUAUGAGUAUGGUUUUGGAAUAUGGUUACUGGCGAAAAUGUAAAUAUUGCUAUAUAUUUCAUUGAAAUGGUGUUAAC